AGUAAGGUAUUGGUACCCUCCCCCUUGAAAUGUUCUGCUGUGGCCAUUUUACACUUGGUUCCGUGAAAAAUAAAACGCCAUUGUCACCUGUGCUUCGACGUGACAUUUAAAUAACUAUUGUUGGUUGCAUGUGGCACUGAAAAAGGGCAGAGACCAGGAGCAGAGUCAGUGGAUCAGCAUGGACUAUGAGCGGAGGGGUGGGCGAGGUGACCGAACUGGUCGCUAUGGCAACACCCACAAGGAUCACAACUUUCGUGACAUGGACUACAGAGGCUACGGUCAAGAGGAUGAGGAGGCAGGAACAGGAUAUGAUGUCAGAGCAGAGGAGGACAGACCAUACAACCGUGAAGGGCAAUCUCUGGGUAUCCGUGACUUCUUACCAGGUCGUCUCCAAGACCGCCCGGGGUUUCACCAGAGAGGAGAUGGGCGAGGGGACAUUGGGCGUGAGGGGAAAGGGCUCCUGUGGCCCCCGUGCUCUCAGUCGCAGCCUGAUCUAGCCCUUCCCAAGCUCCAGAGAGAGGAGGACGGAUCCAGGUUUGAGCAGUUAUUGACUAGCCCGCAGGAAAGAGGUAGGGGGAAAGGUGGAAGAGGCUUUCCUGAGAACAGUGCUCCUCAUUCAGGGGGUAGGGAUGGCAACUGGGAUCGUGGUGGUGCCCAUUCAGAACAGAUGGAAUACAAUACGGCAAGACAGAGAGAAGAGGACAGGUUCUCUCGUGCAGCGGUGAAGAGGAGGGCUUUUACAGUGGGGACAGAGGAGCAUAGUUGUGGGAAUGCUGGUCCAGACCUGUCCCUUGAGGAGUUGGAUCAGAGGGACCAGGACUACCGUGCAGAUCUAGAUCACAACCAGAGGCCAAGCAGCAUCAUAAUGCUUCGCAUGCUGCCACCUAAUGCCACCGCCAAUGAGAUCCGGGCACAACUUCAGGAGCAGGGGAUCCAGCCAAGAGAGGUUCGCCUCAUGAGAAACAAAUCCUCAGGUCAGAGCCGAGGAUUCGCCUUCGUCGAGUUUAAUGUCAUACAGGAGGCCACCCGCUGGAUGGAGACCAACCAGGGAGUGCUGUUGAUUCUGGGACAGAGAGUGUCGAUGCACUAUAGUGACCCAAAACCGCGUGCCAAUGAGGACUGGCUCUGCAACAAGUGUGGUGUGCAAAACUUUAAAAGGAGAGAGAAGUGCUUCAAAUGCAGUGUACCUAAAUCAGAGGCUGAGCUGAAGUUGCCCCAGUUGCAAAGGGAUUUGCCCAUUGGUCUUCAAAAGGAGGGAGCCCAAGGCUUAUUGCCCUUGCCAGCACCCUACCACUCUUCUGGUCCUACUGUCAACCCAGGACAGGCUACACCGCAGGCAGAUGUUGCCAAUGACACUCUGAUACUAAGAAACCUUGGCCCGCAUACUCCAGUGGAAACCAUCUUAUCUGCUUUGGCUCCAUUUGCCACUCUCUCCCCUUCCAACGUUCGCCUAAUCAAGGACAAGCACACACAUCUCAACAGGGGCUUUGCCUUUCUACAACUCUCUACAAUAGUGGAGGCAUCUCAGCUGCUCCAGAUCUUACAGGCUCUCCAGCCAGCUCUCUCUAUUGACGGGAAGGCACUUGUGGUGGAGUUUGCCAAAGGCUCCAAACGUGAUGUGUUUCUGACGGAUGGCAGCAGAGUGAGUGCUGCUACAGUGGCCAGCACAGCUAUAGCUGCUGCACAGUGGGCUGUCACACAGACGGCUCAGAAUGGAUCAGGUGGAGGCCAGAGUACAGAUACAGCAGUGUAUCAGCAGGGGGCAGCAGUAACAUACAAUCAGGAAGGAAAUGAAUACUCUGGGCUAGAUGGCACAACGUUCAAGACCCAGGCAGAUGCCAGGGUAGCUGCUUUACCCGGUGCAGGAAAAGCCCUGAUGGGGACAUACACAGGAGGAGCAGCUGAGGCAGUGACAUCUGGAUCAGCAGUCGUUCAUCCUCUUAGUCAUACACAGACUGCACUCAUCACCACUGCACCAGUUACACAGGUUGAGAUAGUGGGAAAGCCACAACCAGCUGCUCCCAGCCAACCUGCUACCCCAGGCACUGAACAUGAGCUUCAGCAAUAUCCUGUGCCAGAUGUUUCGACAUACCAGUAUGAUGAAAGCUCUGGCUACUAUUACGACCCACUCACAGGCCUCUACUAUGACCCAAACUCCCAGUACUAUUACAACCCUCACACUCAGCAGUACAUGUACUGGGAUGGAGAAAAGCACACUUACAUCCCUGCUGCUGCCGGCCAGUCAAACUCAGAGGGUUCUCCCACGAGCAUUGGUGCAGUCCCUUCAGACUCACCAUUUGCUACUCUUGGGAGCAAGGAGAAGAAAGAGAAACCCAAGAAUAAAACUGCUCAACAGAUUGCCAAAGAUAUGGAGCGCUGGGCUAAGAGUCUCAACCGACACAAGGAGAACAUGCGCUCUGUCUCCUCCUCCUCCCCUGCCGUUGGCUCCACAUCACUACCACCUGGUUACACUAGGGCACCUGGCCACAGUCGUCUAGAUGACCGUCGAGAAUCUGCUAGUGCUGAUGCAGGCUAUGCGGUUCUGGAGAAAAAGGGCGCGCUGUCUGAACGGCCUCAGAUUUUUCUGGACCAGAUCCGACAAAGUACAGAACGUUCCCCUCCUCAGCAGCAGGGUCUGGUCCCAGCCUACAGUGGCGAAACUGAUAGCGAAGAAGAAGGAGGUGACAAAGAGGAGAAGGAAGGGAGAAUGACAGACUGGGUUAAACUGGCCUGUCUGCUGUGUAGGAGGCAGUUCCCUAGCAAGGAGGCCCUCAUCAGGCACCAACAGCUCUCUGAGCUACAUAAGCAAAAUUUGGAGCAGAGAAGAUUUCAGCAGGAAUCUGCAGGCAAAGAGAGACUUGCAGAUGGACCUGAACAUCCUGAUUCUAAGAGGAGGAAGUUUAGCCCCAUUGACGGGAUCACAGGCACUAGUCUUGGCGCCAGGAUGCUGCAGGGAGGAGUUAAAAAAGGACUUCUAUUGCGCAAUAUGCAAGUGGAGUGAGCCCUCAUCCUAAAAUCUCGACUUAGUGACCCAGACAGGACAAUGACAAAGCCUAGCACGCAACACUUCACCAUUAACAUCCUAUAGAUAUAGAUAAACCUCCUUUAAUUUUGGUUUGGCAUUACAAUUACCUCAACAGUGGUAAUACACUCAUGAACUGAUCCUGUAGCAUUGGAUGUCAGGAUAUUGCACAGAAUGCACUUUUUUGCUUUCUUCCUGAAUGAUGCAGUUUUGAGUUCUCACUUGCUUUAAAGCUUGUGUGUGAUAAACAAGCUUAAUGUGUUUGGGAAACAUUUGCUGUUGAAAAUGAAAGAUCAGUGUAGAUCUUUAUGGCAGCAAAUGGGAUUUUCUAAUAUUACUGUCUAUGCACCAUAAUUUUUUGUUUUAAUGUAAUGCUAUAUAUGCCUUGUCAUUCAGUGAAUGACUGAUAUGGGCGUGAACUGUAUAGAUUUUAGAAGAGACUGGCGUCAUGAACUGGACAGGUACACACUAAAACUAGUGUGUUGAUAAAAAGUGUCUGUUUUUCAUAUUGCAGAUGUGAAUUCACAAUGUCAAACAUUUCUGGAGAAAGUUAUUUUUUAUUUCUGUAUUUGUUAAAUAAUGUGACUGUUUCAUCAAGCUCAUGUAAAUUAAUUCAGAAUAACACAUUUCCAUCGUCUGUCAAUGAUUGAUGUCUUGUAUGAAUAACGUUAGCUAAACCAGUAAACAAAUAUUUCGACAUUUUAA